AUGUCGUUAUCCCGCGCGUUCUUACCUGCUCUGCCUUCGUCCUGCAUCAACUUCGGGUGGUCUGGGUCGGGAGGCACAGCAAUCAAACACCAGCUUGAUUGCUGCCGACUUCGACAAUCUUCUUCCAACCUUACGGCCGAAAAUGUCGACCUCACCGAUGGCGCCGAACCUUACACGCGUACUCUCGUUACGCACCCCGACAAUCACCUCGUAGUGCGACGUGGGCGCAAGGCCCUGUUCCCCAUCUGCAGAGUCGGAGUUCCCACCGCGUGGCACCGCCGCACCGCCUCGGUCCGCAAGACGUCAGCGUCGAACCGCAAGACGGCAGCGAACAUGCCACGGAGACCUGGCACCGUCGGUCUGCGGGUGGACGCGGUUCGCGGGAUACGAUCAGUCGAACGCAGGCAGGACUUCGCGAUCCAGCACGAGCAGUGA